AUGGACACGGAACCAAAGUCUGGAGCCAAACGACCAACCCUUGGCCGACGGACGCGGCUGAGAUUUUUCAAGUUCACCAUGUCUUUUCUCGAUCGCCCCGCUGCGCCUCCCACCAAACUUGGUGUCUACCGAAUUUUAUCGCCAAACGCGGGAGUCCGUGUUUCUCCUCUGCAGCUGGGGGCAGGAAGCAUCGGUGACCAGUGUCACAAGUAUGGAGGCCUGGAAGGCCCUGCUCACAACCGAGACAUUUGA